CUAAAACAUAAUACAGUGCAAACAAACCAAACCAACCACCCACAGAUAACAGUACAUACAAGCAAGCGUCGUCAGGCAGGCCGGGUCAAUAUCAAUAGGGCGGGUAGGUACAGGGGGAGCAAGCGGAGAUGGGUCGGGGUCACAGGCCAGGUUCAGCAGGUAGCAAGCAGCGUGGUACAGAGGGUCAGGCAGAGGGAUGGUCAGGAGCGAGCCGGGAUCAGAGCAGGAGAAGUCAGCAGCGGUUCAGAUCAGGCAGGGUCAGCAAAGGAACAGAAACAGGAUGCAGGACAGAUACAGGGCCCAGGACAAACACAACACCAAGGCAGAGUCUGCAAGUCUGGCCAU